GGAGCGUCGCACAAGAGGAGAGGAGAGGAGAGGAGCACACACACACCACACACAGACAGAGAAGCAAACUGGCCCCCUUCAAAAAACCUUCAACCCGUCGCUGAAAGACAAGAGGACCUCUCAACUUUUACGCACAGAGACUGACUUUUACGCACGAAGCAGACUGAAAAAAGUCUUAAGGGGAAAAAACUUUCUUGGGAUGCAGGAGCCCCUUAAGGAUCUCACCUGACAGCAGCGGGCCUGCAGGAUAUAUUUAUUGAUCAUUAUCAAGACGAAGUUUCCAGAUUUUUUAAACUGAUGGCUCAGAACUUUGGAGCGGAUCCGUCAGAUGCAGACUGAUGUGAAGACGAUCGACUAACGGAACAUUUGAAACGACCCUUUAAAAGGCUGUUUUAUUCUAAUCAUUCAAACUUCAAGAAAGCAAAGCAGUCAUGCCUCGUCCUGGGAAGAACUCGUACAGCGACCAGAAGCCUCCAUACUCCUACAUCUCACUGACAGCGAUGGCUAUCCAGAACUCCACCGAAAAGAUGCUUCCCCUGAGUGACAUUUACAAGUUCAUCAUGGACCGCUUCCCGUAUUACCGAGAGAACACGCAGCGGUGGCAGAACUCCCUGAGGCACAACCUCUCCUUCAACGACUGCUUCAUCAAGAUCCCCCGGCGGCCCGAUCAGCCGGGGAAGGGCAGCUUCUGGGCUCUGCACCCGGACUGCGGGGACAUGUUCGAGAACGGAAGCUUCCUCAGGAGACGGAAGCGCUUCAAGGUGCUGCGCGCGGAGCAUAUGGCCUGCAAGAGCUCCCCGAUGAUGCAUUACUUCCACCAUCACCACCACCACCACCCGGGCGGCAAGCUGGGCCCGGCAUCCGCCCACCACGACCACUCGGCCGCGCAGGCCAGCAGCAUGGGUCGGCUCCCUCACUUUCAGGGUUAUGGGGGGAUAACGUGCGCACAGCCCGGCGGGUUCAAACACCCAUUCGCGAUAGAGAACAUUAUAGGACGGGACUAUAAGGGUGUGAUGGCCAGCGGGCUCCCCCUAACCUCAGUCAUGCACCACCUUGGUUAUCCGGUGCCGCCGCAGCUCAGCAGCGUGGUCAACUCCAUGUGGCCGCACGUGGGGAUGCUGUCAGAGUCCAUGGGGGGCGUGCCAGUGCCCGUGCCCGUGCCGGCAUCCUCUGAGUACGCGCCCUUCAGCGUGUCCGCAAAGGGCCUGUACCACAACGCGAGUGGGCAAACCCUGCCCGCCGUCCCAGUGCCGAUCAAACCCACCCCGUCCCUGGGGCCCGUACCCGGCCUAACGGGGCUGCAGACCGGCCCGGCUCAGCUCUGCUCCCCGGCCUCAGUGAUGGAGAAAAGUGAUCUGCUGGAGGGGAAAGGCAACCCUCUCCACCCGGCUCUCCUGCUGUCCUAACCGGGUAAAUUUUAAGCGGGUUAUUUUUUUUGCAGAAUAACGUCAAGAACAAGGACUUUUGUAAUUGCAUAAAAAAUCAGACUGAAUGCGCACUAAAUGAGCAACAUGAUAGUUUAAUUUAACUGUAGGAGAGUUGGUUAACAUUGUACAGUGUCAUGAUUUUUUCAUUAGACUCAUGUUGAUUGAAAUCAUAAUUUAUUUGCACAAUUUGUGAGUGCAUUUACCACAUACUGUAAUGUGGCACUGAUGAAUACAAUCAAACACGCAGAGACGCUGAACCCAAAGAAAGAUUUCACAAAACGUCCGAAAUUAGUCCAAAACCCCGAACAAACAACUCCGUUUCUAUUUUUUUUGCUCUUAUUCUAUUUAUUUAAUUUGACUCUUCGGCUUAAAUCAAACAGGCCUUCGUGUUUUUAAUCAGGCCUGUUGCACUUUUUUGUGUGUGUGUAACUUUGCGGUGCAUUGAAGAUGUUAUGCUUGUAUUAAAACACUAUUUAUCUGAGGAUAUUUAUAAAGAACUUACAACUGGAUCAGCUGUGGUGAUGUUGUUAUUUCAAUACUUAUUUUGUCUUCAUAUUUAGAAGGAGUGUUUCGGAGAUCAUUUGAACUUGAGAGAUGUCACUGAACUCCUGAAUUCAUUUAAAAAAAACAAACGCAAAUU